CCGAACAACGUGCAGUUGGCGGAGGAGAUCAAACAAACACUCUCCCAAAUCAAGGUCCGAUUGCAACGGUUCCUACCAUCCCAUACGGCGGAGGACGUACCUCAACAACCCGCGGCCCAACAACCAGCACACCGUCAAGAGGAGAGGACCGUUCGACGUCAACGACAGGUGCGAUUCGCCGACCACCGCCCUAUUCGCUUCUCACGUCGUCGAUGUUCGACCCGACGCCCACGCAUACUGAUUACAUUACCCAGGAGCGUCGCAGACGUUACAGCGAAUCUCGAUCAUCUACGAGCAGCAUUUCAACACAAUCUCACAAUUCAAGACAGGAGAGCUUAAGAGCGCAAGAAACAAAUCCUAAAAACAUGGCUCAAUGUCCUUCCCCUAGUAGAGCAGCUACAGCUAGAGAUCUUGAUGAUUUCCAGAAUAAUCAGCAUACCUUUUCCCGUUUGCAGUUACUUCCUUCGUUUUCCGGAAGUCCACUUACGCGUUUCGACUCUUGGCUAGAAUCUUUCGAAGCUAUAGUAGACACAUCAGGAUGGUCAGGAGAGAAAAUUGUCCAAAUGCUUCGUGCUAAGUUAACAGACAGAGCUUUUUCCGUCAUUCAGGCCAUUUUGAAAGAUCUUCCGCAUGAUUAUGAUUCGGUCAAAGAAGCUUUGCUCGAUCAUUUUCACGGCGACGAAAAUGUUGAUUUAUAUCUUAAGAAAUUUAACAAAGCUAAGCGUAAGCCAGGAGAAAAGAUCGUUGAUUAUGCCCUUCGACUUCAGGAAAUUUUCAAGCGUGCAUAUCCUGUAGCUCACUCUGAGAAGUCUUUUGCAAUUAUUUUGAUGCAGAAAUUUAUUGAAGGCUUAGAUCCCAAACUACAGACAAAAGUUAAGUAUAAGGACUUUAAGGAUUUUGGCGAACUAGUUACUUCAACACGAAGGUAUGCUAGUAGACUAGAAGCGUUAGAAACAGAUCGUGAAAGGCAGGAGUUUAUUCGGUCUAUUGAUGGCACACAUGGCACCAAUAGCGCAGAAUUGACAGAGCUUAAGCAAAUGAUAGUAGAUCAGAAAGAAAUGAUGAUGAAGGCAGUGGCUAACGUUCACCAUGAAGACAAGCCUGUUGUGGAAAAGAAAACUGAAAGUGAGCAGAUUAGGGACGUUCUUAGUGAACUCGUGCAGAGCGUAAAGAAACUCCAUCUCAAUAGGAAAGACGUCUCAUAUCCUCCAAACACACAGUAUAGGAAACAGCGCUUUAAUAACAAUAAUGGAAAUAGACAAUUUGUAAACUCCCAAAAUAGUUCUACAAACAGUAGUCCGCCAGCCCCCAGACCUCCAAAUGAUUUCAAUAAUCGACCUUUACAGUCGUCGGUUGUUUGCAAUUUUUGCGGUUACCGAGGUCAUAUUCAGGCAGAUUGUCGCCGUUAUCAACGUCAAGGACUAGAACAAGCUCAGCCGCCUAUUUGUUAUUCUUGCCGUGACAUCGGGCAUAGAUCUAACAAUUGUCCUAAGUUCAGAAACAAUAAUAGACCUAACAUUCCCGGCGCGUCUAAAAGCAUUUUACAUGAACGUUUAUUUAAGAAGUUACCCCCUAGAGGUCAGGCGAUCUGCAGCCAGCUUGACUUCGAUUUAUAUGAUGUAGGAGAAAAUAAGUUACAUACGCUGGGAAAAGUGACUCUGCCCGUUGGAUACGGGGAGACAAUUUUACAGCAAGAAUUUAUCGUUACAAACGGUGUUUCUGAAGAUUGUAUCCUUGGAUGGGACGCAAUCCAGAAGCAUGGUUUUCAGCUUGAUGGAGAAACAAAGAGUAUUUACUUAGCUAGAGAUGGGCAAGGCCCCUCUUCUAUUUUUAGGGUGCCGGAAAUGGCAGUUACAGCAGUCAAAAAGACGACGUUACCUCGUCAGACGUCGCUAGUAACUGUAGGCCAAUUGAAGGGUUCAUUUCCGUAUGUACCUCCGAAUUCGGCAUUUAUCUUCACACCAUGUGGGAAUUUGCCAAAUGGAAUUUAUAUUGAAGAAUUUAUAGGAAAGGUAUCGGGAGAUGGAGCAUAUAACAUUAUAGUCGAGAAUCAUUCGUUACAGCAAGUCACAAUUCCACGAAACACCAAGUUAGGCGUUAUUGAAAUCGCUCAGCAGAUUAUCGGAAAAGUAGCGUUAAAUACAUCAGAAAUUAAGCCCAUAGAAUCACGAGAGCCUAUUGUAAUUUCGGAAGUCAACCCGGAAUUUCAAGCACCACUUUCUCAAUUAUUAAAUGACUUUCACGACUUGUUUGCUUCAAAAGAUUCAGAACUAGGGAAUACCAAUCUCAUUAAACAUACAAUUGAUACAGAAGGAAGAGGCCCCAUUCGACAACGCCCAUAUAGAGUUACUAAUAAUCAAAGGAAAUUAUUGGAAGAUAAAGUGCAGGAGAUGCUAGAUGCAAAGGUCAUCAGAUACUCGCAAUCUCCAUGGGCUUCACCCGUGGUGCUUGUAGAGAAAAAGAAUGGAGAAAUAAGAUUUUGCGUUGAUUAUAGGAAAUUAAACAGCAUUACAAAGAAAGACUCUUUUCCCAUGCCACGCAUCGAUGAAACUUUAGACAAAUUAUAUGGAAAGAAGUUCUUUACAACCCUUGAUUUAGCUUCCGGUUAUUGGCAAAUUCAAGUUCAUGAUCCAGAUAUCGAGAAAACAGCUUUUGUUGUAGAAAAUAAUCUUUAUGAAUUCGAGAGAAUGGGUUUGCUUGAAGAUGAACUUUGUAUAGAUAUUCGAAAUUAUCUAGAGAAAGGAGUACUUGACGAGAAAUUUAGCCAAUCCAAGCCGGAUUGGGCUAAAGAAAUUGAAUAUUUUGAAAUUAUUGAAGGUACGCUUUAUCGGCACGAAUUGCCUUCAAAGGAUAGUAAACGUAAUGAAAUUAAUCAUCAGUUAGUCUUGCCUUACUCCCUCCGCCAUCUAGUGUUGAAAGAAUUACACGAUGCGCCGAUGGGUGGGCUUUUAGCAUUUUAUAAAACUUAUUUGAAGGUCAAAAACAAUUAUUAUUGGCCUACAAUGAGGAAAGAUAUAUUAGAAUAUUGUCAAGCUUGUGAAAUUUGUACCGCUAAUACGGCAUCAACUUAUAGAGCCCUUUUACAUCCCCAUGAACUUGCAAAAGCCCCUUUUCAAGCGAUUGGUAUGGAUUUCUUAGGCCCUAUUACUCCCGUUUCUCCUAAUGGAAAUAGUUAUAUCUUAGUUAUCACUGAUUAUUUUAGUCGCUGGGUAGAAGCAGUAGCAUUGAAAGAUCAAACUGCCCAAACUACAGCUGAGUGUGUAUAUAAAACCAUUAUUGUACGGCAUGGAAUGCCAAAAGCUAUUGUUUCUGAUCGUGGAACAAAUUUCACAUCGAAAUUAUUCCGCUAUUUUUGUAAAAAGUUAAAGGUUGAUCAAAGGCUCACCACUGCCUACAAUCCUGCUAGUAAUGGUGAGACCGAGAGAUUUAAUCGAACAUUAACCUCUAUGUUAAGAAAAGAAUUAAAAGAUGGGCAACAUGCUAAUUGGGAAGAAAUGUUGGAUGAUGUUUUAUUUGCAUACCGUAGUUCUACGCAUUCUUCGACACUUGAAACCCCUUAUUAUUUAGUGCACGGUAGAGAUCCUAAUAUCCCUAUUAACGAAUUUCUAGAUGCUUCUCCUUCAACUUUUAAAUCCGCCUCUGAUUAUGUAGGGAAUUUAAACGAUCGCUUGCGUUAUAGCUUCCAACGAGUUCGCGAAGAAACCGAGAAAGCUCGGAAUCGCCAGCGCGAACAAUAUAACAAACGAGCAAAAGAGAAGAAAUACGUUGUAGGUGAUAAAGUCUUAUUAGAUAUUCGUGUAGUUAAGGAUGGCGAUAGUAGGAAGUUUACAUCUAAAUAUAAAGGUCCUUAUAGAGUAGUAAAAGUUUAUAAUAAUAGUACUGUAGAUAUAGCUGAUAGUUCUUAUUCAAUUGCGACGCAAACUCAAGACCAUGGCAUUGCCAUGGAAGAUCAAGAUCAUGAAGAAAUAUUGGCAAGUGACGAUUACGAAGAUGACACCACGCAAACAACUGAUCAUUUUGAAGAUGUAAAUGUAUCUCAACAACAAGCUGAUGUCGUCAGCGUUCAUCGUCCUUCAUCGGAAGAUAAUAUUUCUAACACAGAAGAAUCAGACAACGAAACACAAUCAGUUCAACAUAACGCAAUUAACGAAAAUGACUCCGCACGCGCCGAAGUUGAUGCAACCGAGAGUUUGCCAUCCGAGCCAGAAGAAGAAACGCCAACUGAGAACCCAGAACUACUUCAUGUUACCAGACGCCCGCAACGCAAUCGACAAAAGCCUCUGCGUUAUCGGGAUGGAGUCCAAUAA